AUGCCGGGACUGAGCAACUUGAGCUUGGUGGAUGGAGACGUUAGCGGCGAGGUAUUACCGGUGGCAAUCGAAAUGAUCGACGAACCGGACUCAGAGGCACUUUUGCGCGAAGAGGUGACGAUAGGCGCUGGCACACUCUUCUUGAGCUUCUUGGUGAGUUUUCCAAAGGGGUUGGGGAAGUUGAGCAAAGGAGAAGCAAGUCCGUUAAACACUUUUUCCUCUGAGCUUCGCCUGCUUACGCUGGUUGGAGAUGGAUUGGAAGAAUAUUCGUGGGCAACAUCGGCCGAAUUUACAGUACUGACAGACAAAGAUCUGCUUUUAAAGAAGUCUGCCUGGAAAUGCUGA